CAUGGGAGGCGGUGGCAAUAUGUCUACUCCAACAACUAAGAUUGAACAAAAGAAAAAUCCUCUCGAAAGAGUACCAAUUUCAAAUCCCCCUUUUACAAUUGGUGAUAUAAAGAAGGUCAUCCCUCCUCACUGUUUUCAACCAUCACUCGUUCGCUCCUUCUCCUAUCUUGUUCAAGAUCUCAUGCUUGUCUCCAUCUCUUAUUAUAUUGCCUCCACUUACUUCCACAUCCUUCCAUCCAUGCUAGCAUGGCCUAUUUACUGGAUCGUUGUAGGUUGUGUUUGCACCGGAAUAUGGUUCAUUGCCCAUGAAUGUAGCCACAAUGCCUUCAGUAAAUACAAAUGGAUAAAUGACACUAUCGGUUUUAUCCUCCACUCUGCACUUUUAACACCAUACUUUUCAUGGAAAUAUAGUCAUCGUCGUCACCACUCCAACACUAAUUCCCUUGAGUAUGACGAAAAUCAUGUACCCAAGGUUAAAACCAAACUAAGAUGGUACACCAAAUUAUACGUGAAUAAUCCACUAGGACGAUUAUUCAUACUUGCCUUCACUCUCACUAUUGGCUUACCUUUGUACUAUGCCAUCAAUGUAACCGGUAGACCUUAUGAUCGUUUUACAAGUCAUUAUUAUCCAUAUAGCCCUAUUUACAAUGAUCGUGAGAGACUACAAAUUUACAUCUCAGAUGUAGGUGUGGUUGCAACUUUUUAUGUAUUGUAUCGCGUUGCUCUAACACAAGGACUAACAUGGGUGAUAUGCAUCUAUGGGGUGCCCCUCCUAAUUGUGAAUGGCUUUGUAGUGUUAAUAACUUUGUUACACCACACUCACCCUUCAUUGCCACAUUAUGAUUCAUCAGAGUGGAAUUGGCUAAGAGGAGCUCUAGCUACGGUAGAUAGAGACUAUGGUGUGUUAAAUAAGGUGUUCCAUAAUAUAACAGAUACACAUGUUUUGCAUCAUUUAUUCUCAAACAUACCACAUUAUCAUGCAAUGGAGGCAACUAAAGCUAUGAGGCCAUUACUUGGAGAAUACUACCAAUUUGAUGGAACUCCAUUUUACAAAGCAAUAUGGAGGGAUUUCGAGUGCAUUUACGUCGAGAAAGAUGAAUCAUCUCUGGACAAGGGUAUUUUUUGGUAUAAAAAUAACUUCUGACCUAAGUAC